AUGGAUAGGGUCAUCACUGCCCAGAGGGCACACAUUCAUCAUCAGAACAAAACGCGUGCUGUUCGACCAGAUAUCCCUGGAAAAAAGAUCGAGGCGAUUGAUUCCAAGGAGAUAAUAUCAGAAUCCCAGAGUGGCCUUGACCAUUUCCAGAAGCAAGCACCCUGCCAGGUUGGUACAUUUCUGGCAUCUCGUAACGCUAGAUCCGUGAAACAGGGUGAAGAACCCUUUGCAAACUCCAGUGGUAUCCGUGAACUGCUCAAGAUGGGACAAAAAAAGAGAAAUGCUCCCAGGUUGAACGCCGGGAAGAGCUGA